AUGCUCUCUGUCUCCCAACCACAAGCCUCUUCUUCAUCUGUUGCAACUCAAUGUUCCAACAAACAACAAGAACAAAUUGCUGUAUACAAGUACAAGCAAUUAUUGUCCGAGUUGGAGAAUGCCAAAGGUAUCGGAACCAGUGUAAUUACCUUGCUCAUCAGUGCCAAGACUUCCAUGAAUCAGGUUGUUUCUCAAAUGAAUGAUCGGUUGACCAAGGCUAGCAACAUCAAGUCGAGUCUUUAA